AACAUCCUUGUUUACAGAGGGCUCUGCAAUCGGAAGCGUGAACAACUUCCAGUUGGCGGUGAACUCGUAUACAGUUGACGUGUUCUAUGAAAUUUGGAAGCACGGGUGGACUGAUCAUCGAUUAUCAACAUGGGUUCACUGAUAUCAAGAUUCCGUAAAAAACCUACAACCUUUGAAGUUUUAGAGAGUUUGGAAAAGGAAAUUGAGACACUGCAGAAGUUCCGUCGCGAUAACCUUCAGAAACAGAAGAGCUUUAUCACUAAGUUGAUGCUGUAUUCCAUACUGAUGUAUAUCGUGGCCUCCGUCAUUUUCUAUUUUUACUUCUUCCCAAACAAUUGGAGGGACAGACUUCUUUAUUCCUCCCCUCUUCUUAUCUUUCCAGUUCUUGUGUGGUUGAUAAGAAAAUUUCUGCACUGGUUCUUUGUAAAAAGAAUAGCUAAAAAUGAUUUAGCUUUACAAGAUUUGAAAGAGAAGAAAAAGAAAAUUUUAGAAGAUGUAAUGGAAACAGAAACCUAUAAAAAAGCCAAAGAAAUCUUGGAGAGGUUUGAUCCUGAGAGAUUUAAGGAAAUGAAGACACCUGCACCAUCAACUCCUAAACUGCCUUCCCCAGGAUCAGAUAUAAGACAAAGAGUCAAUGCCAGGAUGGCGACUAUUGGACCAACAGGAGGGACAAACCCCCGGCCGGCCACACCCUACCCCAGGGCCAAGACCCCAGGGAUGGGGCUCCCUAUGCCUAAACCAUACACAACCCCUAAUAUACCAGGGCAGAUCAGACCAAGAAUGUUAGCUUCACCACAACAAGGCCCCUCAUCUUUGACCAGGCCCAUACCUCCACGGGACCGAACAAAAAUGGACCGAGUGUUGGAGUAUCUGCUGGGAGAUGGACCACAACACAAGUAUGCACUAAUCUGUCAGAAGUGUGCAUCCCACAAUGGAAUGGCUCUGAAGGAGGAGUUUGAAUACAUUGCCUUUAGAUGUGCUUAUUGUCGAUACUUCAAUCCUGCAAGAAAACAGCGGCCCACUGCACCAAAGCUGGACUUUGAAACCCCCAGUAAAUCAUUCACAAAAUCAGGUAUGUAAUAUGAAUUUUACUAUGAAGAAACAGAAGAGAGUGAUACAGAAUCUUUAGAAGAGGAGGGAGAGGACAAGACCACCAAUUCUACCUCCUCUACAAAAGAGUCUACACAGGAAAUGAAGGUUACCUCAACCAGUAUACUGCGGGAGGAAGAAGCAGAAGAGAAUCCAGAUGAAUCCAUGGAAACAGACCAGAGAGAACCGGUUCAGACUCAGCUUUCAGAUCACUCAGAACCAGAUGAUUUUCAUCAUAUUGAUCCAGUGAAAGAUUUUCAGGAGAAAACAUGAUUUAUGCAGUGUCUGAAAAGGUGUAAAUUUGAAGGUUUUCUUGGUAUGCAAAUUCCAUUUUUCAAUGUUUCUCAUCUUUAUUUAAAUUUGCUCCCUAAACCAUAAAAAUGUUUUGGUUUUUUUUUUUUUUGUCUUCUAAGCUAAUUAAUUGGCAAGCUUUGACGAUGGAUUUUUAUUUUUUGAGGGGAGAGAGGGAUGUAAUAACAAUUGAGACUAAUUUUCAUUUAGGACUAAACUAUAGUUGUAAUUUUACAACAUAUUAACUUAUGAUAAAACAGACAUUGUUUGACUGAGCUCAUGGCUUUUGUUCUGCAAGAUUUCAUAUUUUAUUCCAAUCAUAAAGAUAGUCAGCCUCGGCAUCAUAGCAUCUUGAAUCCUCCGUUAUUUCAAAGUUUUUUUGUCUAGUAUAAUUUUCUUGAGAAUGAGGCUUAACUGUAGUAUGUUUCAAUAGAAGGAAGUUCAUUUGUUUUUUGGCCAGUUAUUUUUAAAGAAUUAUUACAGAAGAAUAAUAUUGAUAGUUUAUUAAUGAUAUACAGAGUGUAUCAAUCUACAUGAUUUA